GACUUAGUUUGUAUCUAUGCUUACAACGCGUCGGAUGGAGAGUUUUUAGUUUAGUUUUGUUUUUACGAAUCAUUGCAUUGUUUCAAAGUACCUUACCUUGCUUUACCUUCCUUACCUUACCUACUACCUACAUGUUCAAGAAAUCUAAUUAUGAUACACACCUGAAAAAAAGAUAGGUUUCCGCGCUAGCCUUUUAGUGUGUGCGUGUGUGUGAGAGAGUGUUUGUGAGGUGUAAUUUUUUUUUAUCGUUUCGUUCUUCUGUUUGUAGUAUGUGCGACAGCGAGCGACUGUGCUUUGGAUAAAAUUUAUAUAUAAAAAAAAAAAAGAAUUUAUGUCGCCUGAAUUUUUCUGCCGCACCCAGAAAAAUUUACAACUUUCCUCAAAAAAAAAGAUUAUUCUAGUGAUUUAUAAUCCCAAUUUAAAUAUCAGUUUUUUUUUUCAACAAAACACACAUCGAUCGUUCAAAGAUUUGGGAAAUUGACUUGUUUUCAAUCGGGGGGAAAUAGCCGUUUCAGCUCUGACUACGUAGCAAAAUUGCCAUAUUAUUAAAGUGUAUGUAGGUACGCUGAAUGCGAUAUGUUGUGAUGAAAAUGUGGCGUAAUGAAAGGAACGUAAGCACUAUCCCAUCUUUAGGAGCACCCACAUCAGGUGGCAUUUGGAAUGGUGGUGAUAAACAGAAUUCUUCAUCGUCGUCUGGUGGGCAACGAAGUGCAUAUUCCCUGCCACAUCCAGGGAUUGCAGCAAGCAAUAUGCGUUAUAGAAACACAGAAAGUCCCCCUGCUAGAUCAGCAGGGGGAGGUGGAUAUAUAUCGCAUGCGUCAUCUAUGCUCAAUAUUCCGGAAAACAACAACGACAAUUUAGUGAUAAGCUAUCGCCAAACAGCUUUACCAAACCACCACCACCCAAACCACCACCAGCACCAAAAUCGCCAAAUAGGGAACAUGGUGGCACCUUCUUAUGCAGCAGACAGGAAAAGACCCAUGUCCAUGUAUGAUGUUCCGCCAAUGAAUGGUGGUGGGCCUUUUCCUGACUUUUUCCCACCUGGCAACAGAAAUAAAAAUGAUAGAAAUUUACCCGCAAAAGCUCUUCCUUCAAGGAAUUUACGCCAAAGCCCUAGUGAAUUGAAAGUGGAUCCGGAACUCAUUUUUACCAAACAAGAACGAAUCGGCAAAGGUUCGUUCGGUGAAGUCUUUAAGGGUAUCGAUAAUAGAACCCAACAGGUGGUUGCAAUAAAAAUAAUUGAUUUGGAAGAAGCUGAAGAUGAGAUAGAAGAUAUUCAGCAGGAGAUUAUGGUUUUGUCGCAAUGCGACUCUCCGUAUGUAACAAAAUAUUAUGGAUCAUAUUUAAAGGGUACGAAAUUAUGGAUUAUUAUGGAAUAUUUGGGCGGUGGAUCCGCCCUGGAUUUAAUGAAAGCUGGAUCAUUUGAAGAAAUGCAUAUUGCGAUAAUAUUGCGAGAAGUUUUAAAAGGUCUAGAUUAUUUGCAUUCAGAACGAAAACUUCAUCGAGAUAUUAAAGCAGCGAAUGUGUUGUUGAGUGAAAUGGGCGAUGUUAAAUUGGCAGAUUUUGGUGUUGCUGGUCAACUCACGAAUACAACAUCUAAGCGUAAUACAUUCGUUGGUACACCAUUUUGGAUGGCACCCGAAGUUAUUAAACAGUCAAUGUAUGAUUCAAAAGCUGAUAUAUGGUCGUUGGGUAUUACAGCAAUUGAAUUGGCUAAAGGGGAGCCACCAAAUUCUGAGCUACAUCCAAUGAGAGUAUUGUUUUUGAUUCCAAAAAAUAAUCCUCCUCAGCUAACUGGUAAUUAUACCAAAUCAUUCAAAGAUUUUGUUGAGGCAUGUUUAAAUAAAGACCCGGAGAAUCGACCGACAGCAAAGGAGUUACUCAAAUACCAAUUUAUCAAGAAAGCAAAGAAGAACUCAUAUCUUAUUGAUCUCAUAGAUCGAUACAAAAAAUGGAAGACACAGAAGGGCGAAGAAAGUGAAACUGAAUCAGAAAAUUCGGAUUCGGAAGAUUCAAAACAAGACAGUGAUAUGGAUGAACCUUGGAUAAUGACUGUCAAAGGAUUACAUUUUAAUAAUGUAUCAAGUAAAUCAUCAUCAGCCAGUGCUGCAGCUGCAAAUGCCCAGCUUGAUGAAAGUGAAAAACUUAUGAUGGGUAUGUCCAAUAAACAUCAUAAUGGAUCAAGUAUUCUUCAGCCAUCACAACAACAUUCAAUAGCGAGUAGCGGACAAUCUACUCGUGAUGCCAACUUAAAUCACUACAAAGUUUCUUCAGUCCCGCAAAAUAAAAGUACUGCAUCAAAUAUAUCAGCACCUAUGCAUCAUAGUCAGCAAAGUUCUUUGGGUAAUAAACAUCAUGAUUCCUCACCCACAAGUGCUGGUAGUAGCAGUAUGGAUGUAAACAUGAAAAUGGGCAUUGAUGUAAGUAAGGAAACUGAACGAAUUCAACAGAGAAUGAAUGAGGAGAAGGAACAUGAUAAACGAACAUCGAAAGAGCCAAUGCAAGUAGAACACACUGAAGAUUCAAUGGCAGCGCCUUCUAAUCAACGAUGGAGUCACAAGGAACACCAUUCGGCUUCCAAUAGUCAGACAACAUCCAUUUCUUCGUCCGGUAACAACAACAGCAGUUACAAUGGCAAUUCUAAGGUCAAUAUCAAUUCGGACAGGUCUUCGGCGACAGGAACAAGCACAACAUUAAAUCCUAGCACCAAAAACGUCAACAGAGUUGUUCAAACAAAUAGUCCGUGCCUAAAUAAUUUUCUAUUUCCACUUUUAUCAGAGCUUCAACGUAAACAUUCACAUUCAAGUAGAAACUCAAAUGUAUCUGACAUUGUGGAAUUAAGAUCAGCAUUCGAAACGGCAGAACGCACUAGCCCGGGCAUCAGUGAUUUGUUUUUGAAAGAGGUUAUACAUAAACUAGUUCCUGGUUACUCUGAAACCCGAAUAAAUAACCUUAUGGAAAAAGUUGUUCGAAGCAAGAAGUGAGUGUGUAAAAGUGUUAUGAAUUAAGUUAACAAAAUUGUGCAGCGUUUACGUAUAUAUAUAUUAAAAUAUCUACAUUUAUUAGAAUUAUUUCAAAUAUAUUAUUAUUAUGAAUUAAA